AUGAAAGAGGCGUUGUAUGCUGUAGAGUUGAAAAUACUUCAGAGUUUCAAAUCAACCAAGAACGAGUGGUAUGUAAAAGAGUCAGGACGCAGACGUAGAUUUGCAACUCCUGUAGUUGAAGGUGAAGAUAUCUCUGAGAUGAAUGUUGAAAAUGAACAAGAGACGACUAGUGCUGAAAACAUUGUAAUUGAGACAGAUUUGUUUACAACAGAAGCAUAUUUUGUUGAUAAUGUUGUGGAAACUGUUACUUCUGAUGUUCAAAAAGAAAAAGAGAAGCAAAAGAUUGCUGAUAGAGAAAAGACUCUUGCUGGUAGGGUGCAGAGGUUGGAAGGUGAAAACAAAGUGUUGACACUGAAAAUUGAAGUUGAUCAGACGGAAAUCGACAUUUUGAAAGCUCGAGUGUCUGAAUUAGAAGAAGAGAAGAAUCGUCGAGAGAGUGAAAAUGAAUACUACAAGUUAAAAAAUAAAGAACUUACUGCUGCUAAAGCGCUACAUGAACAUAAGUUCUACAUGCUGAAUAGAGUUGUGGAAAGUAUGUUAGAGACAUCAGUGGAACAGAAAUAUGAAGAGUUGAAGCUAGAAGACCUUCGUACAGAACGUCAAGCAGAAUUAGAAAGGCAGAUGAAAGAUAAGGGUAAAGGGGUGGAAGGAAGUUCUGAAAUGUCUAUUGUACCUUCGAUGGUGAUAGAUAAUCCUGAGCCUAUAUCUGCAGUUCCUGGCUUAGUCGAAGAAGAAACUCCAACGCCUAAAUUAAUUGGUGGCGAAGAUGAAGAGGAUGAUGAAGAUGAUGAUGAGGAUGAGUUUGUAUAUUCUGUGAGCAGUCACAGUUCUAAAGGUGAUGAUGAUGAUGACGUUACAGGAGGUUCAUGUGUUAGAGUGACUGAAGCCUCAAAUGAAAAAGUCGUUGAAGAUCUGUUGAACGACACAAUCAAUGAAGAAAGUGGUGAAGCUGAAGGUAAGGGGGAGUCGAGUAAGACUCAGAUUGUUGAGCAUCAUGAGCCGUUAUUCAUGCGUCUAGAGGAGUAUAAAGAAAUGCUUAAAAAUGUAAACCCUGAAAUUCCCUUCGACUUCGAAGAGGACUUAGAAUCAGUUGAGGUUGAAGAAUGUUCAGAUAAUGAAGAGGUUCCUGAAGAUACUUCGAAACUUCCAACGUUAAUGGAGUUCUUUGCUGCUGAGAAUAGAGAUGAAUUACGUCAAAAGGAAACUGAAGCGGUGAAUGAUAAUGUAUUUGAAUGUUUGAGGAAAGAAGCUGAGCAGGAAGGUCAAUCUAAUGUUGAUAAAGAAGGUCAAUCGAAGGCUGAAGAAAUUGAUCGUUCUAAAUGGUUUAAAGAUUCUCAUGAAAGAAAAUUCAAGAGGCCGCUGAAGUUCUUCCAACGAGAUCGAAAUGUUUCGCUUGGCGAUAUUAUUAGUUGGGGUUUUCUUCCGCAAGUUAACGCUUAUGCUAUUAGAAGAGAAUAUGGCGUCCAGUAUUUUGCACGUUUAUAUGACAUAAUGUAA